CUGACUCACUAAACUAAAAUCAACACAGUAUGGCGGUUCCAGUAGCAGUUGGCGUUGGGACUCUCGCAGUGCUUUAUGCUGGCAGAAGAUUCUUCCAAGGACCCAGGUGUACCAGCGCUAAAAGCUUAAAGGGCAAAACCGUUGUUAUCACCGGUGCAAAUACUGGCAUAGGAAAAGAGACAGCGGUGGAUUUAGCUUCGCGUGGUGCAAGAGUAAUCAUCGGUUGCAGGAACAUGGAGAAAGCCAAAGAAGCUCUCAAGGAGAUACAAGAGCGAAGUGGUAGUACUUUUGUCUUCCUGGAGAAGCUGGACUUGUCGUCCUUGGAGUCAGUCCGCACUUUUGCAGACAAAAUCCUGAACAGCGAGCCACGCUUGGAUAUCCUGAUCAAUAAUGCAGGAGUAAUGGCCUGUGAUUAUCAGAAGACCAAAGAGGGAUUUGAAAUGCAGUUCGGAGUCAACCACCUGGGUCAUUUUCUGCUAACGAUGCUGCUUUUGGAUCUGAUAAAACGUUCAGCACCAAGUCGCAUCAUAAACGUGUCGUCCUCAGCGCACGCUAUGGGCUCUCAGAAGAUCAACUUUGAUGACAUCCACUAUGAGAAGAGCUACAGUGCUUGGCCGGCCUAUUUUAACAGCAAGCUAUCCAACGUGCUUUUCACACGAGAGCUUAGCAAACGCCUGGAGGGUACCCAUGUUACAGUUAAUGCCCUUCACCCAGGGGCAGUCAGUACAGAUCUGCAACGGCAUUCCAUUUUGUCCAGUGUUGUUGUAGCCCCACUUCGCUGGUACACCUUCAAGAGCGCUGAGAUGGGAGCUCAGACUACAAUCUACUGUGCAGUCUCCGAAGAGAUGGAAGGUGUCAGUGGCAAAUAUCUGGCAGACUGUGCAGUCAAGGAGCCUUGCAAAGGUGCCAAAGAUGAUGAUGCAGCAAAGAAGUUGUGGGAUCUUAGCGUGAGGUUGGUUAAACUAGACAAAUGAACAUCAACAUUUUGUCCAUGAGUUAUCCACGUUGCAAGUGUCAAAUACAGAGAUGUUCUUACCUUUACAAUGUUUACUGAGUUUAAUCAUAGUAUGCACAAAGUUUAGAACUGUUGUGAGGAAGUAUUUGAGUUUGAGAACUUCUUUAAGUAAGUGCUUUUCUUCGUUAUUUUACGUUUAACUCAAUAUCGCAUACAGGUCUACAAAAGUGAAAUACUGCACUGUCACGCGUGUGAUAUAGGGUUUCAGAGUUAGUUGCUGAAUAAUAACUAUUAAUAGUCAAUGUUGUAUGACUCUAAAGUAGCAAAAUGUGUUCAAAUGUUUUGUUAGCUUUCUUUCAACUAGCAUUAAAACGGUGAUGGUAAUUUUU